AUGUUUUUAUACACUCGACUUGACGACGUUCGGCUCUCGUGGCUGCCAGGCAUCGGCACCACCGCUCUGUUCCUGGUGUCCAUUGCGGACCCAGCUUCCGACGAAGCGUUGUUUUCGAUACCUUCCACCCCUGAAGUUUCCGGAGCAAGUCACUGCCGGCCUAACUGCCACUCGUCCACGUCGCCCAUGCUUUGGUUUCAGGGCUGCAUCGAGGACGAUGUCAUGCGCGCUGAAACCGCGUUAACUGCGUCGCCAUCGCCGAACGCUCGCCGUCGUCCAUGCGGGGAGCACCGGAUCUCGGGCGCUGCUAUUGUUGACAGCGAUCCGGGCGGAAGGCUGUUUUACCUCGCCUCGGUCGCCGCCAUCGCCGCCGCCCAACAACACCACUAUCCAAAGUUCCUCUCGCCGCUGAAUCCGGACUCGGCGCCGGACACGCGCGCUCGGCACUCGCGCGUGUAUGUUCCAACCAAAGGCCGGAUUGAGCAAGACCAAGAUUACGACGAUGGCGUCAAUCGGAUUGCUGCGCGGCUGAAGGACCAUCCAUAUGUCGUCCAACUGGAUAGGACGAUUGAGUCGGUGAACCCCGUGGCCUUCGAGGUGCUGGGCUGGCGCACGGGCCUCGAGGCGCCCGUGGAGCUGCUGGAUGAUGAACAGAAGCCGCUGGUGCUCACGGCCAGCGAGAAGUGCUCGCUCCCGGAGCUCAAGAUGAAGAUCUGGAGGGCGGCGGCCGUCACGCCUGCGCUCAGGAACAUGUUCAGUGAUGUGAGCGAGGAGGACAUCGGCAAGGCUGUACAGGUAUGCUACAGAAUGGACGAGGACUCGCCCUGGACCCCACUGAGAGACGCCGUGGUGGCCGAGUCACGCGCCAACGGGUUCUCAAGCCCCCGCAGACCCGAUAUUCUGGUGGAAAGCACCUCCGUGGGGGAGCUGCAGCUGGAGCAGAGGGACUACAAGCCUGGCAGGGAGAAGCUGCACCAUUUGCUGGUGGAAGGACGCUUUGCAGCGGAACCUGGCAGAGAGAUGCUGGACUGGAGACACGGCAAGUUCUACAGUGAAGUCCAGGCGGAGGCGUGGCGGUUCACGCUGGAGAAGAACCAGUUGAUCGACGCUUUGGACACGGACAAGAAGUGGUACGAAGCGCGCGUGAUCGAUUUGAGCGACACGCAGGUGAAAGUGCAUUACCGUGGAUGGACAGCCAAGUGGGACGAGUGGCUGACCCGCACGUCGGCGCGCAUCGCGCCGCUGCACACGAAGGUCCCAAAUUGGCGCGCCUUUAAGGUUGGAGACGAGGUGCUCGUGGGGAAGGAAGUGGAUCGAAAGAAUUAUCCUGAAUGGCGAAUUGGACGUGUUACGGAUCUCAAGAAGUCGGAGAUGCACGACUCGCUCCGAAUUGAGCUCGAUGUGGACGGAUCAAAGAGGUGGGUGGACGCCCAAAACGAGUUGUUGUGUCCUGUGGGCACGCACAAGGCUCUGAACGUGAGCACGACUGUUACGUCGCCAGUGUCUUCGUUCUCGCCGGCCUCUUCAUACAACCAAUUUGCGCGCGACUACGGGAGUGAAGCGGGUAAGGGCCGGCCUACCUUUGAGGGCGUCGUGGGGCUGAGAAACCUGGGCAACACGUGCUUUAUGAACAGCAUGCUGCAGUGUCUGAUAAACACAGCACCGCUUCGGGACUAUUUCCUCGAGAAGGACCCAGAGACUGGCAGCCCAUUCUUCACCAAGGAGAUUAACCGACAUAACCCUCUGGGUAUGAAGGGAAUCAUGGCAGUCGAGUUCGCGUCGCUGCUGCGCAAGAUCUGGAGCGGAGAGUUCACAGUGGUCGCCCCAACGAGCCUGAAGUCCGUGAUCGGCCAGUACGCGCCCCAGUUCGCGGGGUACCAGCAACAGGAUAGCCAGGAACUGAUGAAUUUCUUGCUGGAUGGCCUUCAUGAAGACCUCAACCGUGUGAAGACGAAGCCAUACACCAAGCCUGUUGAGAGGAAUGGUCGCGAAGACCCGGAGGUGGCACAGGAAGAGUGGCAGCAGUUUGUUCGUCGCAACAACAGUAUCAUUGUUGACAACUUCAUGGGGCAACUCCGCAGCCACGUGACGUGCUCGAACCCGGACUGCGGCAACGAAUCGAUCACGUUCGACCCGUACAUGAACCUGUCGGUGCCGAUCCCGAACAAGGAAACGGUGACCGUCCAAGUGCAGCUGUUCUGGGCUAAUGGUGAUAUUCCGAUGAAGUACGCUCUGCACCUCCCCAAGGAGGACAUGUGCACCCUGCAAGACGCGAAGGAGAAGCUCAGUCAACUGUCAAGCGUCCCGGUGGCGUGGAUUUUCUUCGUCGAAGUAUGGAACCACCGGAUUCUUAAGGCGUACUCGGAUCGUAUGCACGUUGACCGGCUUCGUGACGGCGUCCUCCACGCGUAUGAGCUCGAGCUGCCGCUGACUGACUACUCGUUUUCGUCGCCUACCAUCCGCCCUCCCACGGCGGGUAGAAGGUUAGGUACGCUGGAGACUGAGUCAGAGCCUGCAAAGCAGAUGCACCUCGUCGAGUUGCUCCACCAAGCUCCCGUUGCGUCACCAGUGGAUGGACGUAACAAUUCCGAAGGCUACGAUAUGCUCGUGGAGGAGGGAUAUGGUCCGAAGCAGCGACGGGUCGAAGUGGAGUUAUUCAAUACGCCGCUUCUUGUGUCGAUCGACCGGAAAUGGUCAAAAGCUCGGAUACACAAGAAAGUGUGGCAGUUUGUGCACCGUCUUGUGGCCACGAAGGACGCUGAUAAGGACUCCAGAACAGAGUUUGGAUGCGGCCAGGACCAGCAGUUGCCGUACCGCCUGCACGUCACAGAACCCAACGGAGGCACCACUUUCAUCAGUGAUCUCCCGAGGGACGACGAGCCCGUGGACGUUCCUGACAGCUCGAACAAGCCAUUUAGCUUUACGCUGGAGUGGAAUCGCAAUGGCUACCAACGAGGUUACGAUGAAAAAUCAGCAAAACGGAUCGACCUCCACGACUCGAUGAAGAACCUGAAAAUCUCGUCCAAGGCUGAGCCGAUCACGCUGCUAAACUGCUUAACCAAGUUCACGGAACGGGAACAGCUUGGCGAAGCAGACACGUGGUAUUGCCCCAAGUGCAAAGACCACGUCCGCGCGUUCAAGAAGUUCGACCUGUUUUCGCUCCCCAAGGUGCUGAUUUUCCACCUGAAGCGCUUCCGGUACGCUCAGAACUCGUUUUACAUGCACCGUGACAAGAUUUCGACGCUGGUAGAGUUCCCUGUCGAAGGUCUGGACCUCUCGGAGUUUGUGAUCGGGCCGCAAAACGGUUCCGAGCCCAUUUAUGAUCUGUUCGCUGUUUCCGAGCACAUGGGGGGUCUUGGCGGCGGACACUACACUGCCGUGGCGAAGAACCCGGUGAACGAGUGCUGGUUCAACUUCAACGACAGCCAUACGAGCGAGGCGUCAGCGGAGGAUGCCGUGUCCUCUCGAGCGUAUGUUCUGUUCUACAUUCGUCGCGACCAGGCUUAA